GCCCGGAGGCGCCACCCGCGCUCUGCUAGCUCGUCCGGCGCACUUGGGCCCGCUGAGAACCCUGAGCUUCUCGCCACAGCACCCCUCGUCUGGGCUCAGCCCUCCUCAGCGGCCGAGAUGGGCGACUCCAGUGAAGACAUAGACCAGAUGUUCAGCACGUUGCUGGGAGAGAUGGAUCUCUUGACCCAGAGUUUGGGAGUAGACACCCUUCCUCCUCCGGACCCCAAGCCACCUGGAGAAGAGUUUAACUUCAGUGUGGGGUUUAAGGAUUUAAAUGAGUCCUUAAAUGCACUGGAAGACCAAGAUUUAGAUGCCCUCAUGGCAGAUCUGGUGGCAGAUAUAAGUGAGGCUGAGCAGAGAACCAUCCAGGCUCAGAAACAGUCCUCUCAGAACCAGCAUCACUCAGCCCUUGUGUCGGCCUCAGACGGACAGGAUGCAGCCUUGCCUGGUUAUGGAGCUGCUGCAGUUGGUGUUAGCCACUACGAGGACGUGUUACCACCCCCACCAGCAGACCCCAUGUUCGACCUUCCACCCCCGCCACCGCCUCCUCCUCCUGAACCUCUCUCUAAGGAAGAAGAAGAAGCUCAAGCAAAGGCUGAUAAGAUUAAGUUAGCACUGGAAAAGCUGAAGGAAGCCAAGGUUAAGAAGCUUGUGGUUAAGGUGUACAUGGAUGAUAACAGCACCAAGUCACUGAUGGUGGAUGAGCGACAGUUGGCUCGAGAUGUUCUAGACAAUCUUUUUGAAAAAACCCACUGUGACUGCAAUGUGGACUGGUGUCUUUAUGAAAUAUACCCCGAAUUGCAAAUUGAGAGAAUUUUUGAAGACCAUGAAAAUGUUGUUGAAGUUUUAUCACACUGGACGAGAGACACAGAAAACAAAGUACUGUUUUUAGAGAAAGAGGAAAAAUAUGCUGUGUUUAAAAACCCUCAGAAUUUCUACUUGGAUAAUAAGGGGAAAAGAGAAAACAAGGAAACCAAUGAGAAAAUGAAUGCUAAAAACAAAGAAUCCUUACUUGAGGAAAGUUUCUGUGGCACAUCCAUCAUAGUUCCAGAACUUGAAGGAGCUCUUUAUUUGAAAGAAGAUGGAAAGAAAUCCUGGAAACGGCGCUACUUUCUUCUGAGAGCUUCUGGAAUUUAUUAUGUUCCCAAAGGAAAGACUAAGACAUCCCGAGAUCUGGCAUGUUUUAUACAGUUUGAAAAUGUUAACAUUUACUAUGGGAUUCAGUGUAAAAUGAAAUACAAAGCACCCACCGAGCACUGCUUCGUUUUAAAGCACCCUCAAAUUCAGAAGGAAUCUCAGUAUAUCAAGUAUCUCUGCUGCGAUGACGCAAGAACUCUCAGACAGUGGAUUAUGGGAAUAAGGAUCGCCAAGUAUGGGAAGACCCUGUAUGAUAACUAUCAGCGGGCUGUGGUGAGAGCUGGGCUGGCCUCUCGGUGGACACACCUGGGGACUGUUGGUACAGCAGUGUCAGCUCAGCCUUCUACAGGACUUAAAACAGGCACCAGCCAGCCCAAUGGUCAGGUGCCCCAGGCUGCACCUUCUGCAGGUGAUAUUCUCCAAGAGGCCCAGGCACAAGUGGAAACAACUAAGGAUGACAAUCGAGGCUUGAAUAACCACUGCCCAGGACCAACCAGGGAGAAUCAUCGCCCUAAGUCCAGCCUGCCACCGCCACUCCCUCCAGUAAGACGAUCUUCAGACACCUGUGGCAGCCCCGCCUUGCCACCCAAGGCCAAGGGCAGAGGCAACUGUACCUUCCCUGCCCCUCCAGAGAACCUCCUGCCUCCUCCGCCGCCCCCACCGCCCCAGGAGGACAGCGACUGCGAACUUCCCCCGCCAAACCUGGGCUUCCUGGAGGAGCCACCGGACUUCGUGCCACCGCCCCCACCACCUGCAGCUGAAGACCUCGAAUUGCCACCCCCGCCACCACCCCCACCCUGUCUCUUCCAGUCAUCUCCAAUGCCCCCCAAAAGGCCCCCAGUGCCCCCCAAGCGGCAAGAAAACCAAGGACUCCCUGGUGCAGUAGGGAGCGGCGAGCAAGAUUUCAUGUCAGACCUCAUGAAAGCCUUGCAAAAGAAAAGAGGCAAUGUGCCCUAGGGACCUCUGUUAGUGUCUGCGAUGAUCCAUAUUUUGGUACUCUGUUGUUAUAGCAUCUUGUACAUUUUAGUAAAAUGUUUUCCGACGACAACUAAUAUAAAACUCUCCACUGC